AUGCGACUCCUCCUGUCGCCCAGCCUGGCCAGCCUGGCCCUCCUCCCUCUCUGCCCCAGGCGCCUUAUGGUGCUCCUCCGGCGCAUAACCCAUAUCCCCCUCAACGGCAAUAUCGAUUUGAGCUCAAUCAGACCCGACUCUACAGGGGCUCUAUCGUUCCAGGAGGCCAUCGAGCGAGCUAAAGCUUCUGCCACCCAGGCUGGCUUGACCCCUUAUGACCGACACAAUGCUGGGUAUCCCGGUGAUCGAGGUUCCGACUCUCGCGGAUACCAACAGAGAUCCCGGUCCAGAAGUCCCCGAGGCCGUGAAGGUUUUCGUGACAGCAACCCUUACCGAGACGAGCGCCGGGACUACGGCGCCCCGAGUCGCGACUAUGGGCGCGACCGCUCCUUUUCCCCCCGCCGUCAGGGUUUCUCCCCCCGUGGUCACCAUGGUGGUGGCGGUCGUGACAGAGAUCGGUCUCCCCUUCGAGGCAGCGGAGACAAUGUCGAAACGAUGCAAGUGGAGAAGAGCUUGGUAGGGCUCAUUAUUGGCCGCCAGGGCGAGAACCUUCGACGUGUCGAGAGUGAGAGCCGUUGCCGCGUCCAGUUCAUCAACGCCGAGAACGAGGCCGAGCCGUAUCGCGUAUGCAGAAUCACUGGCGCCCGCGCCCAACGCGAAGAGGCCAAAGCCAUGAUCAAUCGCAUCAUUGCGGACAGCGGCAUGCGCAGCGGACCCCCUGCUGGCGGCGGUGGUGGCCAUCUUGGCGGAGACAGAGGUGGCCGUGAUGCUCCCCGUCCCGAUCGCAACGCUCCCCCCAUCCCGAAAGAAGGUGAAGAUACGCUUGUGAUUAUGGUCCCUGAUAGAACCGUGGGCCUUAUUAUCGGUCGUGGCGGUGAGACGAUUCGUGAUCUUCAGGAACGCAGUGGCUGCCACAUCAACAUCGUCUCGGAGAACAAGAGUGUGAACGGACUUCGUCCCGUCAACCUCAUCGGCACUCCAGCUGCCACCAAGAAUGCCAAGGAGCUCAUCCUAGAAAUUGUGGACAGUGACAGCCGCAAUACGGCCACUGGCGGUAACGCGCGCGCUCCUCGGAACGACGGUGGCUAUGGCGGCGGUGGCCAAGACAAAAUCAAUGAUUCCAUCUAUGUGCCCUCGGAUGCCGUUGGUAUGAUCAUUGGCAAAGGCGGCGAGACCAUCCGGGAGAUGCAGAACACCACGGGCUGCAAGAUCAAUGUGUCCCAGUCCUCUGGAAGUGGCGAGACGGAACGCGAGAUUGGGCUAGUCGGCAGCCGCGAUAGCAUCGAGCGUGCCAAGGUUGCCAUCCGUGAGAAGGUUGAAGCUGCUGUAAGUAACAGAAUCUUCCCCGUGGUCUUUGGGCCUGUCUUGCUAACACAGACCACAGCAGAACAAGUCCGGUGGAGGUGGUCGUGGUGGUCAUCGUGA